UCCAACCACAAAGUUGAAAACCAUUACUACCAAUCUCUUUCUUCUUCUUUGUCGAUCUUCUUUCUUUGUUACUGUCUUCAACAAUGGCUUCUUCAUCUUCUUCAUUACUCUUUUCACCUUUCGUUUUAGCACUCACAGUUUCCAUUUUCAUCUCUCUUUUCCCCACUCAUUCAGCUCUCACAUGCUCAACUCAGAAGCUUUCAUCAAACCACACCUUCGCAAACUGCACAGAUCUUCCAACUCUAGGCGCGACUCUUCAUUACACCUACAACGACACCACCCGCGCCAUCUCCGUCGCGUACUCCGCCACACCGCCUGAAAACGGUUGGGUUGCAUGGGGAAUUAACCCCACCGGCGGCAAAAUGGUCGGAACCCAAGCACUCGUCGCUUUCAAAAACCAAGACAAAGUCCAAGUCCAGCUUUCCAAUAUCAGUUCAUACGGACCUAUCACCGCCACCGACAGUCUCUCCGUUGCAACAUCGGCGGUUUCCGGCGAAGAAGCUAACGGCGUUAUAACGAUAUUCGCGACGGUUAUAUUACCGGAAAAGACGGAUGUUAACAUCACUCAGGUCUGGCAAGUGGGACCCGUUGUUAGUGGAAGGCCAGCGAAGCAUGGUUCAACGCAGGAUAACUUGAACGCUUUUGCGAAAUUGUCUGUGGAGACCACUGCAAUUGGAGGUGCGAAUAGCACUACUGGAGGUGGGAAUAGCACCGCACCUGCUCCUUCUGCUGCUGGUGAAAAGAGUGGUGGGGUGAGUUUAGUAGCAAGUGGGUUGGGAUUUGUUUUGAUGAUGUUGUUGAGUUUAAUUACUAUGUGAGAGGGAGAGAAUGAUUUCAUGUGAUUCUUUUCAUUUCACUCUCUUUUCUUGAACAAUAAUUUUAUUUUUAUUUAUUAUAUAUCAUGUCUAUCAUCAGUUCAUCACCA